UUUGCUGAAUGAGUUUGAUAUUUUAGUAGAAACAAAACAGGUUCAGCCUGGUUCAUCUAUCGAAGUUCUAAGGACGACCACUACCAAAGUUGACGGUAUUUGCUGAAACUGUUCACCGAUCACCAUGAACGGGGAGUGGCCGCAACACAAUAGUGAUGUGCACAAUGAUCUUGACCUUUUCAUGACAAGUGAACAUAGCCGCCUAUUCCAGCACGACCAUGGUGAUGAGAUCUAUGGUCUACUUGGAGCCACUUCCAACGCAGGAAAUAUUGAUAAUGCCAACAAUGUUGUUGUAGACCAAGGAAACAACAUUGGAGAGACCCAUAGCGAGCAGAGAAUGAUGAGAAGGCGUGCCCAUUAUCACCGUCUCCGCGGAGAACAACUCCAACAACUUGAAGUUGUCUUCCAGGAAUUCCCUUAUCCAAAUGAGAAACUCCGGAAGACCCUUGGCGAGAGGCUUGGCAUGAGUGCCCAGCAAGUCAAGUUCUGGUUCCAAAACCAUCGCACCUCCUGUAAGGGUAAGAGGCAGAGGCGGGAGAUCAACAAUCUUCACUUAGAGAACGAGAUGCUAAAAUCUGAAAGGCAAGCCAUCAUCUCGGCAAUGCAAAAUAGCACUUGCCUCAAAUGCAGAGGGGCGAUGGUACAAAGUUCGGAUAUCUCAGAGCGCCAGCGCUUGUUCAUAGAGAACAUGAAGCUCAAGGAAGAACUCUUGCUUGCCACCACCCAUCUUAAAGACGGUCUCCACCGAAAUGGCAUGUGGUCCCUAUUGACCCGCAACUAAGAACGCCGUCGUGUUCCCCAACGUUAGUUCUACCG